AUGGAGGAGGCUCACCUGUGGCUUGACAGCAGGUCGCAGGAAGAUGCGAUUGCCAAAGAGGGUCAGCCAUGGGCUAGCUACGCGGAUUAUUCAGAGAAGUACCUGGAUGGAGUGGAUCGGAAUAUUCUUCUCGAGGUGCACGCACCUGGAUGGGUUGCAGUACAACAGUCCAUUGGCAUUGAAUAUGGAAAGUCUGAAGGAGGCGACGACCAUUCUUGGUUCACAGGGCUCACCAAAACCGCUGGCCACUCAGGAGCAAAGGAUGAGAAUGAGGCACUGAAGGACGUCUGGCUCCAGCAUGAUCAACGGGUGAAGAAGUUGUGCGAGAAAUACGAACUGAACAGUGACCCCAAAAGCUUGAACUUGAAGGAUCAAGCCGGCUUGUUGAGGGGCAUUCUUUUCGUAGAUCUGAUACGAAGUGUCCGAAUUGUCCGCAUGAAGCUCCACACAUGGAAGUUCAUCCAGAAACUGGAGAGCUGA